AAAUGUGCUUACCUUUGGGUUGUUUAAAGUUUUCUGUAUAGUUUUAAGCCUGGAUUAUACUAAUUGUAGGUCUAGCUGCAUUAAUUGGAACAAUUGUAAUAAAUGUUGAUCAGACUUAAUUCUUAAGUUAUUUGGAUGAAUUUACAAGUGUAUCUGUGUAUAAUUAAAAAAGUCAAAACCUUCAGAAGGAAUAUUAAUAGCAUUAUACAUAUUCAGCAGUAUAUUAAUAUUUUUUGGAAUUUGUGGAAUAAUUGGAGGAUGGAAAAGAAUUGGAACACUAUUAUUUUGCUUCAAUAUAGGAAAUAUCAUACUUGCACUAGCCUUUCUAGGUCUUGCAAUUAUCGGGCUCAGUCUUGGAACAUCGUCUUAAUGGUUAGAUCUAUUUUCUGGUUAAAAUAGUUUUAUAUAAUUUUUUAGAUGAGUAAUGCUUAUAAUCAGACUAUAUAUCUGGUUCGGCUACUUUAAAUAAUGUCUAUGUAGAAGCUGAAGAGGUACUUUGCAAGACAAUAUACCAAAAUACUAUUGGUUGCCAAUGUUAUUUUACACAAAAUAUGACAUCAAGUACUUCAUAAGCAGUUCAUUUUUAUUCAACCACAGAUUCUAAUUUAGUAUAGUUUUUGUAAUAUAUAGCCCACAAGUAUUUAAUAGUGCCAAUAAUAUACUGAUUAUAAAUCAGACUAUAAUGAAGAAGCUGAUUAUUUAAAAUCUGUAGAAGAAUAAUUCUCUUGCUCAGGAUGGUGUUCUCCUUAUCCAAUUUACAUUUUCUCUGAUAUAAAUGCAGGAAUUCCUGAGUAAUUUUUAUGUUUAACUUAACAAGUGAUUCAUGUUAUAAAGCUAUUACAGGAUUUGCAAAAGAUAUUUGUGUCUAUAUUGGAGCAGUGGCUGCUAGUGUAUGCUUUAUUAUGAUUUUGUGCAUAACUUGUGUUUUAUGCUUAUGCUUUCAUCCUACUAAAAAAUAAGAAGGCAACUUCUAUUCUAGAAUGGCUCAUUAUGAUUGAAUAGGAU